GGCGCGUGUGUGUCUACGAAUUUUUAGGUUAUGUAGUUCUGUGGUUAUACAUACAUACAACAAGAAUCGACUAAAAACUUCUUAUUCUAUUCUUUACAAGAAAUGAAGGUAAAAGUGAUUAGUAGAAACCCAGACGAUUAUCUCAGAGAGACAAAACAUGAUAUUCAUAAAGUUCCUCGUAAUUACGAUCCUGCUUUGCACCCCUUUGAAGCAGCCCGCGAAUACACCCGAGCUGUAAAUGCCGUCAAACUAGAAAAAGUUUUUGCUAAACCUUUUGUCGGCAAUUUAGACGGACACAGAGAUGGUGUUUCCUGCAUCUCCAAACAUCCUAAGAGACUUUCUGUUUUGAUCAGCGGUUCUUAUGAUGGGGAAAUACGAGUCUGGGAUUUACCCCAAAAGUUGUGCAUCCGCGAAUUUGUAGCUCAUGAGGGCAUUGUGAGAGGUAUCUCUUAUAAUCCAUCAGGAGAUCAUUUUAUAACUCUUGGUGAUGAUAAAACUAUCAAAACUUGGAAAUCUAAAGCUCCGGAUGUUGGAGAAGAUGAAGAACCCGUUAAUACUGUCAUUAGCAAGACAAUUUUAACGGGAAUUACUCAUCAUAUAAGUAGUCACGUUUUUGCAACUUGUGGGGAGGUGUGUCAGAUUUGGGAGGAAACCAGAAAUGAACCUGUUAAAACCUUUGAGUGGGGGAUUGAUAGUUUACAUGAUAUCGCUUUUAAUCCAAUAGAAACUAACAUAAUAGCGUCGUGUGCAAGUGAUAGGAGUAUCAUUUUAUAUGAUACAAGGGAUAGUGAGCCUUUGAGAAAAGUUGUUAUGAAGUUGAGAACUAAUAAAAUUUGCUGGAAUCCAAUGGAAGCUUUUAUUUUCACAGGAGCUAAUGAGGACUACAACUUGUAUACUUUCGAUACCAGAAAUUUAAAUCGGCCUGUGAAUGUCCAUAUGGAUCAUGUUGGGGCUGUAACCAGUAUAGAUUAUGCCCCCACUGGUAGAGAAUUUGUUAGUGGAAGCUAUGAUAAAACAGUCAGGAUAUUUGAAACAAACAAAGGCCAUUCCAGGGAAAUCUACCACACAAAACGCAUACAACGUCUUACUUGUGUACAAUGGACCCUUGAUAACAAAUAUAUCUUAAGUGGAUCAGAUGAAAUGAAUAUUAGGAUAUGGAAAGCAAGAGCAUCUGAGAAGUUAGGACCACUCAAACCUAGAGAAAGAGCUGCUCUCAAUUACAGUGAAGCUCUCAAAGAAAAGUAUGCAACACAUCCAAAAGUACGAAGAAUAGCACGACAUAGACAUGUCCCUAAACACAUUUAUAACGCACAAAAUGAACUUAGGACAAUUAAAGAGAAGGGUAAAAGGAAAGAAGCUAACAGAAGGGCUCAUUCUAAACCUGGGGAGGUGCCUUAUGAGCCAGAAAGAAAGAAACAUGUCCUUAAGGAAGAUAAAUAAUAAACUUUUUGUAAUUCGUUAUUCUAAAUAAAGAUUUCGUAAUAUUA